CGACAGCUCCUGAAAGCAGCAGCAGGCUGACUGGCUCUGUGAAGAUGGCGGACUGCAUACGUGUUCCUCUGCUCCUGCUCUUGAUGUGCAUCUUUUUGUUUGUACAUCCGAUUCAAGCUCAAAACAAAGCUAUUGCCAAACUUAUUGCCGGUGUCGAUAAAAUGCAGAACCCAGUUGGAGGUCCGGGGCCCGCGGCGGCGAACCCUGGAGUCGAUGAGAGGAACCAAGGCGCUGGGGCCUCGCUGUCUCGGAGGCGCUCUACCGGCUGGAAGUUGGCUGAGGAGGCGGUGUGCAGAGACGACCUGACCCGGCUUUGCCCCAAACACUCCUGGAACAAUAACCUGGCGGUGUUGGAGUGUCUCCAGGACAGGAAAGAGGACUCUGAAAUCGCUACAGAUUGCAACCAUCUGCUGUGGAACUAUAAGCUGAACCUGACCACAGACCCAAAGUUUGAGUCUGUAGCGGUGGAGGUCUGCAAGACGACCAUCUCUGAGAUUAAAGAAUGUGCCGCGGAGGAGCUGGGGAAAGGUUACCUGGUUUCCUGCCUUGUAGAUCACCGUGGCAACAUCACCGACUACCAGUGCAACCAGUACAUCACCAAGAUGACCACCAUUGUUUUCAGUGACUACCGGCUGAUCUGCGGCUUCAUGGGCAAGUGUCGCGAUGACAUCAACACGCUGAAAUGUGGCAGCAUCAGCACCGGAGAGAAGGACGUCCACUCUCAGGGAGAGGUGAUCGCCUGUUUGGAAAAAGGUUUGGUUCGUGAAGUCGAGGACCAGGCGGGGGCGCACGUCAUCAGGGAGGAAUGUAAAAAGGCCAUCAUGAGAGUCGCCGAGCUCUCCUCCGACGACUUCCACCUGGACCGCUACCUCUACUUCUCCUGCAGAGACGACAGAGAACGCUUCUGUGAAAACACUCUGGCUGGGGAAGGAAGAGUUUACAAAUGCCUCUUCAAUCACAAGUUUGAGGAUUCCAUGUCUGAGAGGUGCCGCGAGGCGCUGACCACCAGACAGAAACUGAUUGCUCAGGACUACAAGGUCAGCUACUCGCUGGCCAAAGCCUGCAAGUCGGACCUGAGGAAGUACCACUGCAACGUGGACACCAGCAUGCCCCGAGCGAGGGAAGCUCGCCUGUCCUACCUUCUGCUGUGUCUGGAGUCAGCCGUCCAUCGAGGUCGUGUGGUCAGCGGCGAGUGUCAGGGUGAGAUGAUGGAUUACAGGCGGAUGCUGAUGGAGGAUUUCUCUCUGAGUCCUGAGAUUGUGCUGCACUGUCGCAGUGAGAUUGAGAGUCACUGCUCCGGUCUGCACCGCAAAGGACGAACGCUGCACUGCCUAAUGAGGGUCGGCCGAGGAGACAUGGGCGCCAUCGAUCCCAGCUGUCAGAAGGCGCUGCAAACGUUGAUCCAGGAAGCCGACCCCGGGGCCGACUACCGCAUCGAUCGGGCGCUUAACGAGGCCUGUGAGUCCGUCAUCCAGACCGCAUGCAAACACAUCCGCAGCGGCGACCCCAUGAUCCUGUCGUGUCUCAUGGAACAUCUGUACACUGAGAAGAUGGUGGAGGACUGCGAGCACAGACUGCUGGAGCUGCAGUACUUCAUCGCCAGAGACUGGAAGUUGGAUCCGAUCCUGUACAAGAAAUGUCAGUCCGAUGCAUCCCGACUCUGCCACACUCACGGCUGGAAUGAGACCAGCGAGUUGAUGCCACCUGGUGCCAUUUUCUCAUGCCUGUACCGCCACGCCUACCGCUCUCUGGAGCAGGGACGACGGUUCCCCAGUGGUGAGUCUGAAGCGGAAAACCAUGGUUCGAUGCUCUCCCGGGACUGCAAGGUGGAGGUGCAGAGGAUUCUCCACCAGAGGGCGCUGGAUGUGAAGCUGGACCCUGAGCUGCAGAGGCGCUGCAUGACUGACCUGGGAAAGUGGUGCAGCGAGAAAACGGAGGCCGGGCAGGAGCUGGAGUGCCUGCAGGACCACCUGGACGACCUGGUUGCUGACUGCAAGGAGGUGGUGGGAAACCUGACCGAGCUGGAGUCAGAGGAUAUUCAGAUUGAGGCGCUGCUGAUGAGAGCUUGUGAUCCCAUCAUUCAGGCCCACUGCCAUGAGGUGGCUGAUAACCAGAUCGACUCUGGUGAUCUGAUGGAGUGUUUGGUUCAGAACAAACACCAGAAGGAGAUGAAUGAGAAGUGUGCCGUGGGAGUGACACACUUCCAGCUGAUUCAGGUUAAAGAUUUCCGUUUUUCCUACAAGUUCAAGACAGCCUGCAAGGAAGACGUCCUCAAACUGUGUCCCAACAUCAAGAAGAAGGUGGAUGUCGUGAUCUGCCUCAGCACCACGGUGAGAAACGACACCCUGCAGGACGCCAAGGAGCAGCGAGUGUCUGUCAAGUGUCGUAAACAGCUGCGGGUGGAGGAGGUGGAGAUGUCAGAGGACAUCCGUCUGGAACCGGAGCUGUACGACUCCUGCAAGACCGACAUCGGCAGGCUGUGUCAGAACGUGGCCUUUGGGAAUGCACAGGUUAUCGAGUGUCUGAAGGAGAACAAGCGUAAGCUGAGUUCGCAAUGCCACCAGAAGGUCUUCAAGCUGCAGGAGGUGGAGAUGGUUGAUUCUGAACUUGACUAUCAGCUGAUGAGAGUCUGCAAGAACAUGAUCAGACGCUUCUGUACAGAGUCAGAUGGGAAGAACGUUCUUCAGUGUUUGAAGCAGAACAAGAACAGCGAGAUGAUGGAUCCCAAAUGCAAGCAGAUGAUAACCAAGCGACAGAUCACCCAGAACACAGACUACAGGCUGAACCCGGUGCUGAGGAAGGCCUGCAAAGCCGACAUCCCAAAGUUCUGUGACUCCAUCCUAAAAAAGGCCAAGGAUGAAACCGAGCUGGAGGGUCAGGUUAUCUCCUGCCUCAAACUUAAAUACGCUGACCAGCGUUUGUCUCCUGACUGCGAGGAUCAGAUCCGGGUCAUCCUGCAGGAGUCGGCAUUGGACUACAGACUGGACCCUCAGCUGCAGAUCCAGUGUGCAGAAGAGAUCUCCAGUCUGUGUACAGAGGAGGCAGCAGCUCAGGAGCAGACAGGACAGGUGGAGGAAUGUCUGAAAAUCAACCUGCUGAAGCUCAAGAAAGAAGGAUGUAAGAAGGAGGUGUUGAACAUGCUGAAGGAGAGUAAGGCGGACAUCUAUGUCGACCCCGUCCUUCACACGGCCUGCGCUCUGGACAUCAAACACCACUGUGCUGCCAUCCCACCCGGCAAAGGACGCCAAAUGUCGUGCCUGAUGGAAGCGCUGCAGGACAAACGUAUCCGUCUGCAGCCCGAGUGCAAGAAGAGACUUCAGGAUCGCAUCGAUAUGUGGAGCUACGCUGCCAAGGUGGCGCCUGCUGAGGGACUUGGGGACUUGGCCAUGCAGGUGAUGACAUCGCCGUCCAAGAACUACAUCCUGACCGUGAUCUGUGCCGGUGUGGCGCUGCUCUUCAUGAUGGGGCUGUUCUGCGGCAGGUUCACCAAGCGAGUCACUCAGGAGCUCAAGGACAGGUAGACUCCGCCCCCCCCUCUGGGGUCAGGACAUAUUUAACGACCGCAACUGAAAAAGACCUCCUCGCCAUUUCACCCCUGAUGCUCCUGAAAGUCCGCCGCAUCGUCUUUACUUUCCUCCUGCAAGCUUUUUCACCCUCUCUCACAGCUGGGGGCAUCUACAUGGGAAUGACAUUACCCACAAUCCUAGCUGUCAGAGAUUUUCACACAUUCUUAUCUGAUAUAUCUGGAGGGUUUUUUUUGUUUGUUUUUUAACUCUUUCUCUUUUUGCUGUUGGUUUAAGGGGCAAGGAUAGGGAGGGGAAUUGGUAAGAAUGUGGGGUCGGAGGUCAACGGUUAUAAGUCAAGGUGAAAAAAUGAAAUGCGUAGGUGUAAAUGUGUAGAAUGCAGGGUGGGCAAAUGCUCAUGUGUAAUAGAGCAGUUUAAUGACUCCAGUAUUUUAUUGAUGAGUGUGUGUUGCUGUGAAGGUAUGUGUGUGUGAGCGCGAGUGUGUGUUGCUGUGAGGGUGUGUGAGAGAUCCAAACUGUCUUUAUGCCGCCAGAUUGUUUUCUCCUUCUGCUUGAACAGGUUUUUGGAGUUUAUUACACUUUUUUCCCCCCUUCCUUUUUUUGUGCUGAUUCAUAUUAGAUUUUAUCGCCAAGGGACUGCCAAGUGGGCGGUGCCAGCCAGCCCUCGACCGAGCCACAGAUAAAGAGGCGAGGGUGGGGCCACAGAGUUGCACCUCACACACUUUGGCCAACUCGCUACAACCGGAAUCGCUUGUGGUUAUUUUACUUGGGUUUUUUUGUUUGUUUUCUCCAGAUGGAGAAACCUCAUCAAUCCGGUGUCUUAUUUUCCCACAGCACAGCCUGUGUCAUAAAUGCACCGUGUGUGUCCACCUGCUGCUCCCAUCAUUGCCAUCUCGGGUGGGAUUUUCUUUUUUUCUUUUUUUUUUUUUAAACAUCACUCUGCUCAGACUGGGAUGGAAACCAGACGUUUUGAUUGCCGCCCAUCGCCGCGCAGAGUGGCUGUCGGUUUUGUGCUGGUUGGCACGAAAAAGCUGAGAAGCAAUGCAGGAAAAAAAUAAAGACAAAAAAGCAACAAUUCUAGAUUACUAUAGAGAUGUGAACAUUUUUGUGUAAAAAUGAUACUGGAAUCAUUGCACAUUUUUCGUUUUUUUUUUUUUUUUUUUUUUUUUUUAAAUAUCUAUAAAUAUAUAUAUAUUGUUUUGUCAUAGCCUUAUUUAUUUGUUUACUACUUUUUUUUUCAUCUAUGAUUUGAAUGUUCUCUGGUUGCCUUUUCUCCAGCGAGACUCCCUCCUUCCUGCAGGGGGGGUGGGAGGAGGGAGAGGAGAGGCAGGGCGGGGGGAGGCAGCAAAGGUGUGAACACCUCCAGGUGUCGAACUCCUUGAGGAACUAGUGGAUUUUCACGUGGGACAGUGCAGAUUUUGAAAUGCUGCAUGCACCAGCUCCGUGUUUUUAUUCUUGGGCUUGACCAGAGUCACUUUGCAUGAUUCCUGGUUCCAAAUAAUCUUUAUUUGCUUCCUACUGGUUGACUGUUCCUCCUAAGAAAGAGGUCUGAGCAGCAGAUGGGGGUAAGGCUUGUGUGCCUGAGAUGACCGGAUUAAGGAUAUCUUCUCUUUUUCUCUCUCUCAUCAUACAGAUCCAGGAUGUAGAGCAGCCUGAAGCCUGAGCUUUCCAGUUAUUGUACAUACACUGGCCUCGUUAUUAGAAACAUUGUAAUUUUUUUUUUUUUUUUUUUUUUUUAAACAUGAACAUCCAUCAGUUCAACAGAAGUUGUGUAGGUUCACCUGAGGCAGUGUCGAGCAGCAAAAUGCAGUUCCGCCAUUGUCAACUUGAUGCCGACUCCAGCAUGAGUCAGUGUUCAAGGUUACCGCAGAAAUAAAAAUGUUUAAAGCUUGUCACAAAAAUCAUUUUGAUCUCUGUAGAUGGUUUCUCCUUCACUCUGGGUAAAUUCAUUCGUAGCUCACCUGGUCCGACUUUGUGAAGACUUAAAGUUAGGCGUGAGGGUGCUUUGAGGGUGUGCCGACACUGGCAACUAAUUGGAAUCACUGAGCUCUGGAACGUGUUUCGGGUGUCUUCUCCUUUGAUGAUGAUGAUGAUGAUGAUAAUGAAUAUGACUUUGACGUGCAGGUAAUUCUUCUAACAAACCAUCCAACAGGUCUCUGCUUUAGUAAUCGUGGCAUUGUCUUUAUUUUUUCGCUUGUUACUUGCCACUAAUGACUCUGUUACUGUAAAGUUGUCUCAACAGCAUUUAACAAAACAUGAGAUAUUGCCAGGUGCAUACCAGUUUUUACCACGAGAUGGGGCAACAAGGCAAGAGAUUAAGAGCAUGUUCUUAGUCUCUUAAGGGAAGGCAGAAAUAUUUCAGUACACCCCCUGGAAGAAUUCUGCCCCCUGGUGGUGAAAGUGUUACAAAUGUUACCUUUAACACUAACUGGCAGGUUAUGCACACUCACACAGUUUACAACUCUCCCCUCUCGUCCAGAUACAGUCACUCUGGCUCUGUAAAAGCAUAUACACAGACAUAUAUAGUCUGUGGUUCUGUAGAGGAGGACGGAUUGCUCGGAGGGCGUGUUUGCGACGCUCAGCCUGCAGGUCGAUGCCCGAGGAGGCGUUCAGUCUCAUAUAAACACGUAUAAGCAAACACUAAAUCGAGGGCCUCUCCUCUCCCUGCGUGAGCUGAUCACAUGUACAUGUGUAUGAUACUGAGUGACGAUAACUUACUGUAAACUACAUGUACCGUUCCCCUUCUAACUGUUGAAGCUUGGCGUGGUGAGCGCUGCCCUCUCUGCUUGUAAAUGAGACGUUCUGCUUCAUUGAAAUGCCUUUUUUUCCAUCAGAUUUUGUUUGUUUGUUUUUAAAUCGAAGUGUGCCUAACCGCCGUCCCGCUGUACAGGACAUCCCAGACGACCUGUUGCACCCAACAGAGGGUGACGUGUGGCGUAUUUGACCGAUCUUUUUGUAAAACUCUCUUGUUUGUUUGUUUGAAUCCAUUGAGCUCCUGAUUGGUUUGGGGUUUUUUUUGUCCACUUUUUUUCUUUUGUUGUUGUUGUACAGAUGAAAAAUUGGACAGUUUGUUAAUGAUAAUAAUAAAGUCUGCAAGGUUUCUA